CUUUCAUUGUCCUUUUGAGCCUCUGAAGCCAAAAUAUGAUUUUGUUGUUCAUCUUCAAGCGCACUGCUUCGGAUCUUCCUUGCCAAUGCGAUUUGAACAUUCAUUCUCAUUGCAAUUGAAACAGAUUAUUCUCUCCUCUACCAACAAGAUGAUCAGACUAAUGCUAUAUGUUCUAAUAGCAACAGCUUUGCAUGGCAGUUUAGCUGUAGCUACAGGCUCACAAAAGCAGGAAUCAGAAAAGAAAAAGCUAUUGAAGCUUGACUUAAACCUCCCUCCGCCAGAAGAAGAUACAAAUAAUCAAUCCACAAUCCAUUCUGACCAUGAGAGCACACAUCAUACAGAUCCAAGCGGACAAGACACGAACAGGUCUUCCAAGCCUUCAGCUCAGACGACCGUCUGUAUUCAUAAUCCUGCCUGUGGCCACUGGAAAUCAUUCCCUCACAAGGAAAGGAAUAAAUUGUAUCUCCGCUGGCAUCGACUAAAUCGAACAGAAGAGCAAAAAAUUGCAGAUAACAAAUCUGCUUCUAUACGGGGUAAGAAAAGAUAUCGAGAAUUUACAGAAGAACAAAGAAAAUUUCAUAACCAGAAGAGCGUACAAGUACAACGAAAGAGACUAGAAAGAAUGACUCCGGAAGAAAGAAAAAAAUGGCACAAAAAGAAAAAUGAUCGAAGACGUAAAUCGGGACAGCUUCAAGAGCCUCAAGAUCAAUGAUAUACUAAUGAUGAUGGUAAUAUCGUUCAUGAAUGUAGCUUUAUGAGCGCAUCUUAUUCCAUAUUAGGCAGAAAUAGUCAAUCUUGCUUUAAACCUCCGAUUUCAAUGCAACUCCAGAAAGGGUAAGUUCAUAUGGAGAGGGCGAUUAUAAUGUAUAAAAACACGAAUUGUAAAUGCUGAUGACCCAGAUGCAUUGUUUAGCUUCUUGAUGCCCCGAUAGUAUGUGG